AUGAGCUUGGCGCGGUUUCUCUUCCUGGGCGUGGUGCGGAUCUCAUGUAUGAGCUUUGUGUGGAUAUGUUUCAAGAGUGUGUUGACGAUGUUUUUCAGCAGCAUGGUGCGGAGAUUCCUGGCCGUUCGGAGCUCCUUCAUGAGCGUGGUGAUGCUAUUCUUCCUGAGCGUGGUACGGAUAUUCUUCCCGGUCGUUGCGGCAAAUAUUCUUCGGGAGCGGAGCGAUAAUCUCUUUCAUGAGCGUGUUGCGGAUUUUCCUGGAGGUGCGGAUCUUCUCCAUGCGCAUGCUGAUCUUCUGCUCGAGCGUGAUGCCGAAGUGUCUGGUGACAACGAUCAGUCUGUCGACAUUUACGCCAUGAUGUAG